AUGAACGAGCAAGCUAAAAACGGGCAGGGGCGGCGGGCGAGCCCCGCCAAGGUGGAGCGAGCCACAGACGAUGAGGCAGAAAAGAAGGAAUUCUGCCUCUUCUACAUCUGCGAGCUCCUCAACAUGAUUUACUCCACAUACAGAAACAGCAAGCCCAUGUACGUGCAUUUUGUCUGUUCCAAGGAGAGAGGAAGCGAAAGCGAGGUGGAGGCCGAGUGUGGAAGCGGCACCAAAAGGGGAAGCAAAAGGGGGAGCAAAAGGGGAAGUAAAAGUGAAAGCAAUGGUGGAGGCAAUGGUGGAGGCAAUGAUGGAAGCAAUGGUGGAGGCAACCAUGAAGGUGGAAGCGCAGCCGGGAGGAAAGGCUUCUACUAUACCCCCAACUCGGUGCUGGAGCAGUACUUCCCUGACCACUUUAAAAACGUGCACUUCCUAUGUGCGCAUUAUGCUAUGUGGGAGAAUGAGCCAAGUAAUGAUGAGAGCAAAGAUGAUUCCCUCACCAGGAGCAACCUUAACGAUGGAUUAAACAAACACAAAAGAAGGGGAAUCAUCGAUAGUCAUGGUGAACAAAGUAGCUCAACGUAUCGAAAGGGACAGACUUUUUACUUUAUCUUCACCUUUUACAUGCAACCAAAUUUUUUAUGGGAAGAAAUCAACAUACCCAUAUUUCACGACAAGGGAUAUAUCGAGUGCAAGUUUGAUUGUAUUAGCGAUUUUAUGAAAUUUAAUGACGUGGCGAAUUUAAGCAACCAGGUCAAGUUACGGGUACACAAUCAGACGCUGAUACAGUGCAUUCGAGGGGGUGGAGCAAGUGGGGCCUCCGCGAACAGAGGUGCUCUCAACGGAGGGCAUUCCAAUGCGAGUGUUCCCAACGGGGGGCAUUCCAAUGCGAGUGUUCCCAACGGAGGACACUCCAACACGAGCUCUCUCAACGGAGUUAACCCCACGAACCAGCGAAGGGGAGAUGUGCACCUCCUGCCCUUUUUCACCUCAAGUCACUGCUUGCGAAAAAAUUACCAAGUAUGCCUCACCAGAGUUAUCAGCUUUAACGAUAGAGGCGUGUACUGUAAGAGGGACCAGGCAGAGGACCUCCCCAUUCAGCUGCUGCUUCUCGUUCGAAAGAAGCUGCACAAAAAGGUGAAGACUAUGGAGAGGGAGGCAGCGCUGGUGUGCCAUCUGAGGAGAAGCGAGACGAAGGGGGGGGGACACACAAAGGGGGACUACACAAAGGGGGACUUCUCAAAGGGGGACUACUCAAAGGGGGACUCCCCCAAGUUCGUUCUCGCCAAAGAGGACCCACCGAAGAACAGCUCCAACAUUACUGCCACCAUCCGAAGUGACGAGUAUUCCGACGGCACAGCCCGAACCAGCGGCAGCAGAAGAGGGGACCUGCACGUGGAUCGUUCCAACUCCAAGAACGCGCGGGACAACCUGGCGGGGGUCGACUACGAUGAGAUUCACAAGCUCAUCAAUUGCGCAGAAACGAUUUUCAAAAAAAGAAUCUCAGACCAGCAGUUGGAGAAGUUACUCCUGCGGACGCGCAGCAGGGGCAAUCCCCAUAGUGAGACAACUCGGGGCAGUCUCUCCAACCUGGCCAGUGCCGCCAACCUCGCCAACCUCGCUAACCUGGCCAACAUCGCCAACUUAGCCAGCGUGGCCAACAUGGCAAACAUCGCCAGUAUUCCUAACCUGGGUGCCCCUGAUAGGAGGGGGGGCCUCUCACCCAGCAGGACCAACUUCCCAAAAGACGAAGCCAUGGAUGUGCACCUGGGCCUGGACGAUUACUAUGAAUUCGUUCGCUCGGGAAAAAAUGAAUUAGAAAGCACGUUUCGAGAUCCUUGGCAGCUCGGCAUUGAUAUGAACAAGACGAGCAAAAAGAACAAAUUU